GAGGUCGCUGUUUGUUGCCUGCGCCGAGCGGUCUCGCUUUUGACACGCAUCUGCGCAAUCGCUCCUGGCGUAAGGAACAGCUGGUUGUCGCCUCGCGACCAAAACAACGCAGUGUGUCUCGCUCCAAGUAAACGGUCUUUGUCAGUGCCCAAAUCGCCCGGAUACGCCGAAUCGCCGAGCGACCACUCAUGGAUUUACACUCGGACGAGUGGCUGAUACACUAGCCCCGGUGUGGCCCCCGCCGCGGUUCUGUGGAGCCCUGGCCGUGGGAAAGCGUGCCGCUAGCAGCAGCAGCAGCAGCAGCAGCAUCUGCUCACAGAGCACCAACGCGGAAGAGCCCACUGGCCGGCAGGAAGGGCGGUGGUGGUGGGAGAGUCUUGUGGCAGCAGCAGCAGCAGUGCCGUGCAGCUGACUAGAGCAGCAUGGUGAAGACUUUCCAGGCGUACUUGCCGACCUGCCACCGCACCUACAGCUGCAUUCAUUGCAGGGCACACCUGGCCAACCACGACGAGCUCAUUUCCAAGUCAUUCCAAGGAAGCCAAGGAAGGGCUUACCUCUUUAACUCAGUGGUGAAUGUUGGGUGUGGGCCGGCAGAGGAGCGCUACUUACUCACGGGCCUCCAUGCGGUGGCGGACAUCUACUGUGAAUGCUGCAAAACCACACUUGGCUGGAAAUAUGAGCACGCCUUCGAGUCGAGCCAGAAGUACAAGGAGGGCAAGUACAUCAUCGAGCUGGCUCACAUGAUCAAGGAGAAUGGUUGGGAUUGACAACACGCCCCCGUGGAGGAAGAGGACGCGCCGCCGCCGCCCCAGUCGUCGUCGGCCCCUUCCUCCCCCGUGGUGGCCCUGUUCCGCAAUGGUCACCCGCCGCCACAGUACUUCGCGCCCUUCUGAAGGGUGGCGCCGCAUUGCCACAGCCAAAGUGGGACAAAGGCCUCUGGACGCACCGGCCGUCCCCAACAAUGCUAGAAGAAUCAAGUUUGCCCGGUUGCGAGCGUAGCAGUGCCCUGCCUGUUCCCCGACCGGUCGUUUUUUUCCGUUUCUGAAAAGCCGCGUUGCUCGAGGGCACGUCCUCCUAUUCGUGAGCCCGUUUUUGAAAAACCGGAUGGGAUGCCUUUAUAAAGACUCCGUGAGGUGCUCGUUAGCAAGUGCCUGUUUGAAUUAGUCCAAGUCAAGAUUUAGUUGCGCUGGUGUUUCGGGCUUUUUUUUUUUGCCAAAAGCGAGGUUUAGAGUUGUGUUGCAUCAUUUGUUAUUAUUGUCCCGAUGCCAGUAACAAAGGUGCACCGUGAGUAAUUGCGGCCAAUCAAUUGUUGCUCAAAGCCGCACGCUCAACUUUCUAGAUGAUACCAUUGUCAGCGCGUUAAAGGGACGUGGUACUGGAAUGCAGCUAUUGCUGCUAAUUGUCACGUGUUGAUCAUGGUGUUAUUAGGUACUUCCAAGACGCACGAUUUAAUCCAACCGUUUUGGCGCAAAGACUUAAACCCAUGGUUGAUACAUUUGUGUACCUGGCUGUCAACAAGACUGGUGCAGAGAGCAAACUCUAACACAAAUGAUAAGAAAUAGCAUGUUUUUUCAUCUUGCUUUUCUUGAGGUGAAUGUUUUUAUGUAGGGCAGUAUUUGUGGUAGUUUAUAUAAACCCGCUGGUUAAAAGAAGAAAAAGAAACAAAAUACGUCACGUUUUGAGGAAAUCUUAUGUGGGACAGUGCCUCUGUACUUUAGAUAAACUUCAUGGAUUUCUGCACUUGAGGCAGAUCUUUUUUCCGGUGCACUGGUUCUCUCUGCUUUAGAAUAACUCCGAGAUUGAAAUAAUUGCCUGCAUCUAAAAGCCUUCAUACAUUUUUGCUGCUGAGCUAGGUUUGGAAAGAGCUAAACUGUGUUACAGCAUGUCUCCUGCUGUGAUGUGUGCAACGAAAGGAGUCACUGAUGAAGUUGUUUCCUUAGCUUCUAACAUAGAUGGUCAUUGGACAAAUGGCUAAGAUCUGUAGGUAAUUGGCUGUCCGAAAGCGUAGGUGAUUCUGGAUGCUUAUUUUUGUUGAGUGCUUACCAUUUCGGCAUCACGAUCCGUCGGGGACAGGCAGAAAGGUCUGCGGAAGCGUUGUGCUGGGCAAGAAACUCCAAAAAAAAAAAAAAACGAAUAGUGCUGUGUUUAUGACCUCGAGCUGGGCCCUCCCUUGGUGACAAACUACUCUCUACAAGAGGACUGUGCGGGGGACUGUGUUGUCAUGUGAUCACUACGAGACUUGUGGUGAAAAAAAGCGCGCAAGUUUCUUUUUUUUGUUUUUUUUUCCCCGACACUCGGUGUCAAUUGUGUGGUGGCGACAUUAUGAUGACACUGCAGCGAAGCCAGCUGCGAAGGACAAAUAUGCCAUUGUAUUGUCAUCUAGGCAUGGUCAGGUACCGCGGGACCUAGGGCUUAUUGUUGUCAAGAUUUUUUUUUACUCAUUAUAUAUACUUGAGGAUUUUAGAAUGUGUGCGUGUGUGUUGUUCAGGAGAGAGGGUUUAGGAGAGUAAUGGCUACGCUCUAGUGUGUGGGUGUUUUGUGUGCGUGUGUACUUGCGAAUAAUUUAAAUCAUUAUCUUUGAAUGUAUGAGAAUGCAGUGCUUGUUUUGCUGUGAAUGCUGAUGCAAAGUGUGAUAAACACUGUUUACAUGCGCCUGAUGGGGGGGUGGGGGUGUUUCAUCUGGGUCACAAGAUGCGUAUGCUGCUUGCGCGAUGUGUUGUCUGUUUUGAACGAUCACAAGUGACAUGGUGUAUGUGUGUGUGUGUGUGUGUGUUUUUUAUUAAGGCUUCACCAGCACUGUGUUGUGUGUUUGCAUUUGUCCUUGUUAAGUGAAUGUUUUUCUCUCUGCAUCUUCUAGUCUGCAGUUGUUUUGUUUUACUUGUUUGUUUGUCUUGACACUUGCUGCGAGUGCAUCCUGCAAUGACAACAAAGUUUUAUCUGUGAUUAUAUUUCUGUUGCACCUUAUUAUUUUUUUUUCUUUUAAUAUAAAGCACGAUCGUGACGCAUUAGGAUGGGCCGCCCGGAAUGUCCGGCCCGUGCGCGUAGAAUGCCGAACGUUGGCGUCGGUGGAGGAGAUUUACAACAAAAGUGUGUCUCGCCACGCAUCUCACUUGUCUUGGUUUUUCACUGACCAAGACUAAUCUUGCCACAUUGCGAAUUCUCGUCUUUCCUUUUUGCUCCUUUCUCUUUUUUUUUCCCCUACUUAAUUAGCUUCAUAGAUAACACGCUCAUUCACUCGUAACAGGCAGUUGUUGGCAUUCACCAUUCAAGGCACCCGUGUUAGGCGAAGUCAAAAUAAGUGCAUUGCUUCACCGGUUUGCCGAAAUUGUUAGCUGUUGUUGCCGGGGCAGUUUUCGACAAUCCUUGAGCAUUUGCACGUUCAUGCUGUUAUAUAACCCUUGUGGUAAAUUGGCUAGUGCAUACUUCUUCAAGCUGCAGUGAAAUUUAAUGUGUGGGAAAGGGAAGGGGCCACUGUACCAGCAGUAUUCAAAUCAUUGUGUUGGUUCGAAACUGUGAAAGACAUUUCACCUUUUCUGGCGUCUUGGAUAGGCAGGGUAGAGAUGUUUGAAGUCAUUGCUAGAAUUUCUUGUUUAGAGGCUCACAACUCUGGGGAGCUAGUGAUGUUUGCCAGUUUGUGAUCUAUAUGGUAUCUUUCUUUUCUAGGUAACUUGUAAUAUUGCGGCUAUUUCCUUGAUGUUGCAUACAGGGUGAGCGGCUGUGAAAGGGAACAGCUGAGAGGUAUUUGGGACAACAGUAGACAGUCUAGGAAAGCACCAACCAAGUUGGCUUUUCCACAGUGCAUGACUGCCUUAAAUAUGCAGGCAGGCACAUACCGCAUUUUCUCGUUUACAACCCUUCCCUGCAUAUAACCCCCCCACACACACACACAUAAAUAACUGCGGAAAAAUAAAAAGUAAGGAGAUAUUAUGUAUUGACAUGAAGCAGUCUUCCUUGCAUUACCGUGAAGCCGACUUGCUUACCAAAAUUCGUGUAUAACCUGCAGCCGAACUUCGUUCCAACUUUUCUGUAUAUUUCAUGCAAGUUGAAGAACCACAUACUGUACCCACACAUUCAUGGACACUUUUGCAACGCUUGGCCCGCUAUAUUUUGGGCACUAUGCAUUGCGGCAAAGCCAGCUUGUGACACAUGCCAGGGGUCAGUAACCACCAAACCAUGUCAGCAGGCAGCUGGUAGAUCUGCCAUCAAUAAACCUACUCCUCUUAAUUUUCUCAAUAUAAAAAAAAAGCCUUGGAACGCGGAUUGGGUGAUAGUGGCUCUGUGCAUAAAGGUUAGGGUUCUGACCAUCUUAUGCUUGUGUUUUAUCUAGCAUGCACAGGCUACAAAGAAAGAAUGAAAACAUUGUAGUGUCUGCACGCCCUGUGUAAACUAAACUUGUUCAACAAACUAUGUGCCAGCUUAUCUAAAUCUUGGCUACCAUUUUUUUUAACUGUGGCCAAGAUGUUAGCGGCUUAACACGUGGAAAUUGCUCUCAAGUUUAUAAAGCUAGCUUACUGGGAUAUGGACGAAGAAAGGAUUCUAGAAAGCAUCUGGAAGUAGCGCAUAUUUUUCAUAGCUGUACACGUGGCAUGUCAGUGUCAUUCCUGUUGUUGCCAGUCGUCUUGGCUGGAACCUUCUCACAGCUGCUAGGUUGUUAAACAUGUUGGUUCUUAAAAAAUCUUCAAGGUGAAGGGAGUAUCGCGAGAUGUCUGCACACUUCUAACCUCGCAUACAUUAUCGCAUGUAAGUUUUAUUAAAAACACUGGUGUUUAUCCGCACAGCUGUUCAUGUGGACUCUGAACAUGUCCGUUUGAAAUAGUCACUUUGUGAAUAAGUGCACUGAAAUUUUCUUCUAACCCUUCUUCCAACGAAUGCCGAGAAAACGUGUCGUUGCACGACAUGCACUUAACACAUGAACGCAUGAACAGCAAGCAAGGCACUGUCGUUCCAAGCACGAGUUUUCUGGUUCAGAAAUUGCACUCUCGACCAUAAUGCACAUCAGUUUUGUUACUUGAUUGCUGUUUUUCUCCUUGCUGCGUGGAUAGAAAUUGUUGCUAGGUGUGCCCGAUAUCGGGAAGAUCGCUUGUAAGUCUGAUAAGAAUAUCCAGCCGAAGCACAUUCUUUGUUUUACACAUGCUCAGUUUACAUUCUCCUUUAAGAUGGUGUGGUGUAAAUUUUGUUCAGGCAUGCAGUCCAGAGGGAAUCUCGUUAAGCCGGAGUACUCUAUUUUCGUGUCCAUUUCUUAAAUACCAAAUGCUUUUGCAAGGAACAUUGAUUCAUCGUAAACGUCAAACUAACUUGUUAAAGGCAGAUUCUUUUAUAGAACAGAUAUGGAUGAAGGGGCAGGAAAUGGGACUGCAUUUGGGCGAAGCUGGAAGUUAAGUACUUAUCUGUAGCACAAACAGGGUACAGUAUUUGUGCAUCUUUGUUCUUAUUGAGUGCUCAUUCUUUAGAACAAGGCAAGUCCUCGUUCAUUGAUAAUUAAGUAGUACUGUUGUGUACGGAGACGUGAUCUCGCAAAGGCCUUUUAUUCUAACCAACAAGCUUUUUUUUAUUAGUACAGACCAACUGGUAUUCAUGAAUACCUCGCUUAACACUGUUGAGUGCAGAAACGGUCUAUUUGUAUGUCACGCAGUCUGUGGCUUUUGUUGCUGGCUGCGUAAACUGUUCGACAUUAAUGAAAAAUUGUUUCAUUGGGUGCAGCUGACUAAAAGUUUGUACCUUUUAGUGGCAUGAUUUUUUAUCAAGAGGCAGUUCGCACCAGCUCAAUCCUGGCCCAGCCGGGAAAAGCUCAUUGAAACCUUGUGAAAUAUUUUUUGGCCCGAGUUCUUAUUAGCUAGAAGUGUGAACUGUUUCCCUGUGAAAUUUUGUUUGCCUCGGUGCGUCUCGGAGCUACCUGUGUAAGCAGCUAACUCGUUUCCCAGAUGUGGGCAUUUUGCGAUCUGAAUCACUAAAGCACCUUGUCAUUUGCAGUGAGAGCUGCUAGUGCAAGGUACUGACCUAUUGUGGUCUGAAAAGAGUUUAUGUUGCUUCAGUUACGGCGGUUGCUUGAACUGUGCUGACUUUAUAUGAGAUAGUGAAAUGUUAACUGUCCAGGAUUCGCAGAACCAUUUGAAAAUUGCUAAAACACUGUCAAUGAUGUGAGGCGUGCUGGUUGGUGCGGCUGGGAUUCUUCAAGCAAAACUCUAGGCAUUCUUCAGGAGUUUGUACUAGCUACAAUUGUUCUGUGUCCUAUCUGUUACUGAUACUUGUUUUACUGUAAGCCUUCCGUAAUGUUGGUUCCAACUAUGGCAAUGAAUGAGAAAUGUUUGGGAUGGUGUACAUUUAUGGCAGAGGUUCUGAGCGCUUAAUAUAUCUUGUCACAUGGGCUGUUUUCAAUUUGCACUGAACCUUUUUCCAAGUGCUGCCAUUGUGUAGAGUAUGGUUGGGGCAGCACAGAACUGGAGUAAAAUGCGCUCACAAAUGACGCACACCGCAGCUAGCUCUGGGAGAUGUUGAUUUGCAUUGACUUGGGAACGCCUGAAAAAAACUAGUGCAAAAAGUAAGAAGCGACAUUUCCUGCCUUUCUCAGUUGCUCAUCAAGGCCACAGAAUCGAAGGAAGAGGGUUUUGCUCGCAAUUUUGCUCGGUGAUCCCUGUGAGAUGCUUAAAAGACAUCUGCACUUAGCAAGACAUUCCACGUGAUUUGCACUGACAGGUGAUGAAUGCUAGAUUUUUUUAUUUCGCUCUCUCCAAGUUGGGGCAGAAGCGCGUCGUGCUUAUUCUUUUCUAUUUAAUUUUAAUUUGCUUUUGUAAUCUUGUAAAUUGCUGGCACAUGAAUGGCAAUAGAUGAUCGCGUAGGCUUGGUGCAAGAAUGUGACGAAGGAAAACUGUGAAAACACGAUGUAGCAGUCAAGCGCAGUACACUUAAACCUCAUAACAAAGUUGCAUUUGACACGAAAAUAACUUCGUUAUAUCCGAAAAUUCGUCAUAAGUGUAUAUUCAAACCACUUUAUCUAUUACCAAGGCUAUUCUUCAUUUAGUUCGUUAUAACCGAUAAUUCGUUACAUCCGUGUUCGUUACAUCGAGGUUUGAGUACUGUGUUUGUGUUGAGUCUCGUCUUUGCUCUGCUUUUCUUUCGCACAUUUCUUGUUUGAGCUCAUUUAGUGAUCGCUGAAUAUCAAAGUAGGUUUUGCGAGUUUCACUUUCCUAAAUUUGUGCCGACGUUAUACUUUUGUCCCUCGCAUUGGUAUUGCGGUACCAAUCCGUGCUCCAGCUUAUUAUGCAGAAAGAGUUUUCUUUUGUGAUGAAAUUUCGCUGGCUUUCUGUUCACUGCUUGACCCAAGUUCGGGAGUCUUUAAUCUGAUUAUCUUUUUGUACAGACAGUUGUGGCUAUAUCCUUCGACUCUGACCUUAAUUUGUUAAGAGCAUCUAGCCUUUUCUCUUUGUGUUGCUCAUUGCACGCUGUUGUCUUUUGAUGAUUGGUGGGCUUUCACACUCUGGGUGUUCCGGUUCCUUUUUCCCUCUGUGGAGCUAUCUUGUCGAAACGACUUUCCUGUCCUAUCGUCUUGAGUACACUUUUGGUUCUUGUGUUACGCUGGCCGUUUAACCCGUUAUGUUGAACUCUAGUUGGCUGAAUUUUAUGUGAUGAUUACUGUUUGUUAAUGGAAAUUAUGGUUGUCUGCAUCAAAUAAUUAUCUACUGUUACUGCUUACUAUUUAAGCCAUACCUUCACGUGUUGAGGGCUUCUAGCUUUCAGAUGAAAUGACUAAAAACACAGAAAAGCCAGCUUGCUGGUUACCAGGCACUGUGGGCAUGAACUUUGGCUUUUGUAAUGACAAAUAAUUUUUUUCAUUACUGUCUGUCAGCUAUUGUCAGCACAAGAGACAUUUUCGCUGAUAUUUGUUCUCUGCCAACGCAGUGCACUUUAGUCAAAAGAAAACUUUUAUAUAUAUCUCGUAUUGAGGGAACAGCGCUGUAUUUAUUUCCCUGACUACUUGCCUGUUUGUUUUUGUUUCUUUGCAUUAUGCUGGGGAUGUCACAGUUGGGUGCCUGAUCGGAGCCCCGACAUGUUUGAACUGAUAGAUUAGCGAGUGGCCUUGUUUAAUGUCAUGGGGAGCCGCAAGUUGAUGAGCUUGAGCUGUUAUCUUUUGCAGUUUAUUUAGUAUUUCCGUCACCUGUGUGGUGCAUGUGCAGAGUGCUGUCUCUUAUCACACGUUUAAUCCCCCAGAAAAAUUCUGAAUCUCCCCGCCACUGCUCUCCUUACUCUUGGAACAUGACACCUUCUGGGGUGUACUUUUGUGACACUACACUGUUUACAGUGCACCUGUUCGCUGCUCCGAAUUUAUCGUCGUUGGAGCGCAUUCCUUGCCCUAAACUUGCACGACAUGAAAUAGAGUUAUGAAAGUACCUUGCUAUAACUGUCACUUCAGAGAACAUCUCCCUUUAUUGUCGUGCAGCACAGAUUACAUUACUGUUGAAAUAGUAGGUGCACCUUAUCCUUGAUGACAGAAUGUAAUCACUGGGCACAUGUAGCAUUAAGGAAAGGAACCUUGGUAAGAAUGACUACAAUUACAGUACAGGUCAAGUAUUUUUGGGAAGUUAUCUCAACAGAGUGCACUUAAAAAGGUGUAAAAUUUUAAAUGCAAAAAUGCACUUGAAAAGGUGUAAAAUUUUAAAUGCAGAAAUGCACUUGAAAAAGUGUGAAGUCUUUGGAGUGCUGUCCCAACAAAGUACACUUCAAGAGGUUAAAAUUCUAUAGAGUGCUGCUUCCUUGUGUGUGGGUGCCGAGUUGCAUCGUACGUCAUGGUGCAUGAGGACCUUUUCUCUCUUUGCAUGCUUCAGAGGUCAUCCCAGAACGACCAAACUCGUUCUUGGUAAGCACCGGCAACAGCACGAGUUGAAAAUUUUUUCGUACCAGGGAGAGAAAGGGUGUGCUUGCUGUUCGUGACUUGAGCGUGACUUGCCAACUAGACCGAGGUGCAUACAUUCCUCGGGGAGUGCAGACAGUUGUAUCGAAGUCUCCAUUUCAUGGGGAACAUUACCUGUAACCAGUUUUUAGAAAUGGCUUGUUAAUUGUAGGAGCUGUUCCAAUUAAACUGUGGUACAUACAGCAGAUUGAGGCAGUACAGUAGCGUGCGCGGUUGUCACAUGUUGUCUGUUGUGUCAGUGCCGAUGAUCCUGUGGUCACGCAACAAACACUUGCGUAUAGUGGCUCCAGAGCUAUUUGUAUACACAAAUGCGAAGCUUUCUUUUCUGUAAUACAUUCUUAUUUUUUUUUCUCGGAGGUGACUAGCAAUGUGUUCUUCAUCCUGUGAAGCUUGGUGUUACAACUACUGCUGUAAUGUGCGGGACGUGCAUAUUUUAUAUAGACACAUCAACCAUUGCGCACGAGUCACUUGUGCUUUGUUUACUCCAUACCAUGUGUCGCCUCAUGUGCUCUACAAAUGAGUUGCCUUCAGCCAUCAUCACUGUCAUUGGGAAGUGUGUACACAUAGGAGAAGACUGACCGAAGAGAGCCUUCAAGUCUGGAGUGUGACUAAGCAUAUUCUGAUGUUCGAGUCAUGUGUCUUCAACUUUUUUUGCAUAAAGCAGAGCUGCUGUCCCUGUA